AUGCUCCUGAUCAGCGGCAGGGUCCUGCGCCUUGGCUUGGGGUUUGUCAUUCGCCGGGGCCCUCAAAAUGUCUCGCGCUGGCCAAGAAGGGGUCCCCUGGCCGCGGGUCAUCCCUGUAGCUCCAGCGGCCGGAAUCCCAGCGGCUCUGAGCCCCCACAUCAGGUUCACAGGAUCCCAGACCGGCACAAACCUUCACAAUUCGACAAGAAAAUCCUGCUGUGGACCCGGCGUUUCAAAUCUAUAGAGGAGAUCCCACCCCUAGUACCGCCUGAAAUGAUAGCUGCUGCUCGUAACAAAGCUCGAGUGAAAGUGUGCUACAUAAUGAUCGUCACAGUCAUUGCCUGCUUUGCUGUGAUUGUGUCUGCCAAAAGGGCUGUGGAACGGCAUGAAUCCUUAACCAGUUGGAAUCUGGCAAAGAAAGCUAAGUGUCGUGAAGAAGCUGCAUUGGCUGCACAGUCUAAGGCUAAAUGA